CGACGUGAACAGUGCCGGACUAGCCAAGCUCGAUACCGGAGCCGACAACGCGACUUCGUUGAUGACCUCAAAGAAAAUGUCCGAAGCCUUUGUGAGGAAGUGCAGAAACUGAGUGCCCAGCACCACACAAUCUGCUACGGCAUCCAUACCCAGCUCAACGUCUGGAGCAUUGCCGCUGAGUACUUCCGCCUCCUUUGUUAUGGGUUUAUCCUGCCAAUGAACGGGAUGGAGAUCGCCGGUGCAUCGUCGAUUUCUUCACACAUGCCCACCCUUCAAGAUCAAGAUAGCUUUUUGAGGGCCGCAGUGUCACCCCACGUAGCGCUCGGAGAGAUGAACGCAGUCGAUGCUCUACUCGAGCAGUGGCGACGCUAUUCGACUUACUUCGGCAACCUUCACCUCAAGCUGAUGCAGAUGGAAGAGCAAUCUCUUGGAGCCUUGGCCGUCUCGGCCGUUUUGAGUAUUACAAUCAAGGAGAUAACGCUGCGGCGCGUGUUUCCUCAUCUGUUGGGGUCAACACGCACCAAUGGCGCCGACCCUGGUUCGGGAAAUCUGUCGUUGUGCACUCGCCUUCUUGGCCAGCGACUCGAAUGCCGCUGCUCGCUUCGCUUUCUGUGGGAUGAGUCGACCGCACAAGUAACACGAUUGGAUUCGACGAUGGAUUUGGUGACGCCUUUGCUCUGGGUGCUUGGUAACCUUCAAGAUGUCAGCGUGGUGCUUGAUAAGGCUCUCAUUAGUUCGGAG